CCGCGCGGCCUGCCGUGGCGCCUGCGCGGUGAGACGCUCCUUCGGCCCGACGUCUUUGUCGGUCUGAGGGGGAAUGGAGCCCGGCGGUGGCCGCCGCGAGAAGCUCCCUCCGCCGCCGCUGGUGCUGCCGCCCGCCAAAGGCAAGGAGGGGCCCGGGUCCAGCGGAGGCAACGCCCGCCUGGAGAAAGCCAAGCAGCGCUCGGCUCAGCAGGAGCUGAAGCAGCGGCAGCGCGCCGAGAUCUAUGCUCUCAACCGGGUGAUGACAGAGCUGGAGCAGCAACAGUUCGAUGCCUUCUGCAAGCAGAUGAGAGCUUCGAGUGAGUGAGCCCUGCAGGCAGCCAGAUCUUCGCUCCUCACACAAGACUUCACUCAAGGUCUGUGGUCUGUUAAACCACGGUGGGAAGUCCCCAGACCCUUUUUCCUCUGGGCUACGGUAGUGCCUCUCAGCCUCUUCCAAAUCCACCAAAAGUCCAAGUCCUUGCCAAAAUGGAGUUUCUCGUUGUUUGAACUGUUUUUUGUAAAUCCUAUUUAUUAAAUAAAUGUGUGUUUUAUAUGUGUGCAAAUAAAUAUCUGUCUGUGAGACCAAA